AUUCAUUUCUAUUAUUUCAUUAGUGAUAAAAUAAAAUAUACACAAGAACUCCCAUCGUUGUACAGGGAUAAUGAUAUUGAGCCACUGACGUCGCAGUUCAGAGUCACCAUAGGGCGUUAAUUCAUAGUAUUCAGUCACGUGGAAACAUGAAUUGGAUGUAUGUUUGGUGUAGUAAGCGGUGCAACAGGUUAAGUUUCUUUCUCAAAACAGCAACAUCUCAUCCACACGUCUCUCCUGCUCUGAAGGGAAGCAGUUUCAUUUCCACUCCAUUGCAAUGGCUGACGACAGACUUCCAAGCUUUAAGGCAGCUGACCUGGUUAUCGAGCUGUCCCCCACUCUAAAGAUCAAACCGGACGAGGUUCCCUUCGGGACUGUCUUCUCUGACCACAUGCUGACCAUAGAGUGGAGUAAGAGCGAGGGCUGGCAGGCUCCGCACAUCAAGCCCUUUGGGAACCUGUCACUCCACCCGGCCAGUUCGUCACUACACUACGGCAUACAGCUGUUUGAAGGGUUGAAGGUGUACCGUGGGGAUGACAACCAACUGCGUCUCUUCAGACCGAUGCUCAACAUGAACCGCAUGUCCAACUCUGCCAAGAGAGCUUGUCUGCCGGCUUUCGACCAGUCAGAGCUUCUAGAGUGCAUCAAGCGACUAUUAGAGAUUGACCAGAGCUGGAUUCCUCACUCAAAGUCGCUCGAUCUGUACAUCAGGCCAACGUUUAUUGGCACUGGGCACUAUCUGGGUAUAAAGAAGCCUGUCAAUGCCUUGCUGUAUGUGAUCUUGACUCAAAUGGGCACUUACUUCGAGUUUGGUUCAGAGGGCAUGUCCUUGUGGGCUGACCCAAAGUACACGCGUGCCUGGAAAGGAGGAACUGGAAACCACAAGUUGGGCGGGAACUACGGAUGCUCUUUGGCCGCCCAGUACGAAGCAGAGGAUUAUGGGUGUCUGCAGGUGCUGUGGCUGUACGGAGAGGACCACCAGAUCACUGAGGCAGGCACCAUGAACAUCUUCAUGCGCUGGAUCAAUGAGGAUGGAGAGGAAGAACUUGCAACUCCAUCUCUGGACGGCCUCAUACUCCCAGGUGUAACCCGACAGAGCAUCCUGGACCUAGCCAGGAAAUGGGGUGAGUUUAAGGUGACAGAGCGCCACCUGACCAUGAGCCAGCUGUGCUCGGCUCUGAAGCAGCAGCGGGUCAAGCAGAUAUUUGGCUGCGGUACCGCCAGCUUGAUCUGUCCCAUUGGACGCAUUGUUUACCAGGGAGAGAACUUGCACAUCCCCUGUCAGGAUACACAGUUGACUUCACGGAUAGUAAAGGAACUCAAGGAUAUACAGUAUGGACGCACGCCCAGCGACUGGACCAUGCCGGUGGUAGAUCAGUGAAGCCUGGAACACACACAUGCACAAUGACCAGUGUGUGACUACUGUGCAUGUAUAUAAAUAAAAGAACAAUCUAUAACAGUGAAAUAUUUGUAGUUUAACUGCAAUAUGCUGGAGUGUGUCUUCCCACUUUACCCCCUUUUAAGCUUUAAUUAAUGACAAACACACAACUGUCCAAAAUAAUUAACAAAAGUGGGCUAAUGUCUCAUGCAAUACUGCACAAUAAUUUACAGUAAACCAGCCACCGUGACUUAUUCUGCUGCGUUCCAACCAACAUUCAGGAUACCGCUGUGGCUGGGAAUGAACAUAUAUAUACUGUAUAUAUACAUACAUAUAGAUAUAUGUAACAUAUAUUCCAUAUCACUUUUGUAAGAGUUGCAAAGCAUCUACAAGAUUUAACUAAUUUACCUACUUCAUAUAUAAUCUUCAUAUGAGUAUGGCAUGAAAACAUUCAUUUAAAAAAUGUCUCAAAGUUUUGCACUAAACUACAGAUUAGAAACGGAGCUCCCAUAUGAACACUGUAAUGUUUUAUGAUGAUUAAUUUAUAAUGUAUUUUACCCUGAAAUUAAAUUAAAAAAAUAAACUUUCCCAGGAGACCAAGAACCUUUUUUGGAACUAAACUUACAUUUGGACUCGGAGGAACCAGAGUUAAAGUU